UGUGGUAAUUGAACAAUAAAAAACGGAAGCUCAGAUAUAACAAAAAAUAUCAAAGAAAUGCACGUUGGAUGAACCGGCUGAAAGCCGCUGAACCAGCUGGAACCGGCCGGUGGGACCGGAAGGGACCCGGUCGGUUCUUGUGAAGCGACGUCGUUUUGCGCGUUAUUAAGAAAAAGAACGCCUCAGUCCUCACCCCCAUUCCUCUUCCCUACAGAACCCCCCCAACAGAACACAACUUUUCACAGAAGUCUCCCCCACCGGCGACGCCGGCCAUUCCGCUCAGUCACCUUGACAUCUUCAGAAAUCAGAAUCAAGCUUCCCUCUCUCAAAGAAAGAAAAAAAGUGACAAACCCUAGCCUCCAUUGUCGCCGACGUUCUUUUCACCGCCGUCGUCCCGCCGUUCUUCGCCAUCUUCUUUUCUUGGCGCGUCGCCAGCUUCUUCGCCUGGUCCAGCGGCCUCGUCGUCCGUCGCCAGCUUCUUUGCCUGGUCCAAGCUUCAUCGUCCGUGGGGUUCUUGUCGCUGCCGUCACAUUCUUGCUCCCUCUCGUUCAUCCUCGUCUCGUUCCAAGACCACCGAAGGUUAGUUAAUUUUUCUUGCUUACUUUUUUUUGUUUUUAAUCUGUUGUUUAUAAAAAAAUGUGAUUGGGUUAAUUUAGUUUUUAAUGUGUUCAGGGAGAUUGAGCGAGGAUUUUGGCUACAAAAUAGUGAAAUUUUAAUGAUCACUCGUAAACCUCGUGUAGAUUAGAUUCGCAUGAGUUUGAAUUUUGAAAAGAUUUAGGCUUUUUCUUAAAGAAAUUAUCUUUUAUCAUUUACUGUGUUCGUUCCGACAUUGGUUCUGCAUCAUCAUCGUAGACUACAACUGAAUUUUAAGAAAGAUAUAUUUAGAAUCUUAAAUUUUUCAAAUCUUUGCUCAAUAGUUGGCUGUUUUGUUGUUAGUGAAGAUUCCUUCACCAGCGAGAUUCUCGGGUAAAUCUUCACAAAUGAAAAAUCCUUUUUUUGUGAAACUUAGAUUUGAUUAGAUUUUUUUUUUCACUCUCCGAUUAUGGUUCCGUGUGUAUUGCUGUUUUGAGAUAUCAAAAAAUGAGUUUGACCCUAUCCUUGUUCUGAUUCGCUUAAAGAUUUUGCAUUUAUAUUUAAAAGAUUCUGUUCUAGAUUUUCCGAAAAGCACACACAUUAUUCGAGAGAGAGAGUAGCUGGCAAGCAUUCUUUUAUUUUUUUUUCCCAAUUAAAUGGAAGAUGAUCAUAAUACAAAAGUAGCUCAAGAGCUUCAAAUACAAAACUAUAGUAGCGAUGGUAAUGGGAAUGAGAAUGGUAGUGGCGGCGGCAGCGGUAGAUCUUCGAAGAAGCCGAAGCAGAGAAAGGUACCACAGAGAGGACUUGGUGUGGCAAAGCUUGAGAAGAUAAGGAUAGAAGAACUGCAGAAGAAGAAUUUUGCUACCGCUCAAUUGCAUCAACAAGAAGAUUCAAUUGCAUCAACAAAACCCACAUAUAUGCAUCCACCGAUCCAAAAUUUUCAUCACUCAAUUCAACCUGCUCCUAGAUCACAAGCUGAAUUUAGGCCUAUGUCAUUCCAACAACAGAUGUUGGAUGCUAAGGUUCCGGGCACCGGCACUGUUCCAUUGACAAACAGUUCAGGAUUUGAGAAGGAGAUGUUUGUGGUUGAUCCUGCAGCUAUACAGUUUCUACCAAGCUUUACUUUUGAAUCUAAUCCUGUUUGGCCUUUGCCUAAUUUGGGCCCGAGAGCACCACAAUUUCAUCAUCAAUUGACUUCCAUGGUUAAUGUCUCGCCGUCCGGAAUGUCAACACCACCAAUGCUUCAUUACUCAAAAGAGCCCCCUUCAAACCAAAAUUGUAAUGUUAACGACCUGUUAGCAAGGCAGGCCGAGAAGAUUUUUGGCGUGAAGAGGCCUUACCCCUUCUGCCUGGAUGCUCCUCCUGUGCCUGCUUACAAUUAUAAGUUGCAUCCGUUUGCCGAGACGCAAAUGAAUGCCGCAACUUUGUGUAAUAGCGGAUUCAAUUAUGAUGCUGGCAAUUCAAGUCUAAGGGAACUGCCAUCAUGUUCUGCUUCCAACUCAGAGCUAAACUCAAGGAAAAGAAGCAAAGAAAAUGAGAAUUUCAAUGGAGAUUUUCUAACAUUGGCUCCUCCUACUCCUACUUCAUCCCCGCCUUCACAGACGAAGCCUUUUUCGGCUUUCCUAGAGAUUCCCAAUCAGGACAAUCCUGAAUCUGAAUCUCCAUCUUUUCAGGGUACUAUAGAAGAUCAAGUUCCUCAACCGCAAGCGUUCAACCGGUUCAAUCAACAGGAGCAACCUUUUUAUUAUUUCUUCCCUCCGGCGGCCCAUGAGUUGCAAACCGGACUUUCAACAGCUAGAACUCCCAAUGUUAAUGGAGCUAAAGAAAAUAUUGAUCUUAAUUUGAAACUUGGAAAAUAGAAGAUCAAGUUUCAUCCUCCUAGUUUCAUAUGUAUUAUGAUCAAACUUUUAGGCCAGUUGUUCCUCAUUAUGAAACUUUUCAUAGUCAUAUGUUAGGUUAAAUUUUUUGCAAAGUGGGUAGAUGUUUCUAUGUUUGCACAUGUAAAAGUUUGAGUAAGGACUUGAAAUCGUGGCCAUGUGUAAAUAGAGAUGUUGCAUUACUUUGUUUCUUUUUACAUAAAAUACUAAAUAUAGGGAUGACCUCUCACCAAUCUCAAUUUAUUUUUA